UAAUGCGCAGGCCAUAUCCAACAUGGAGGACAGCAACAAAAGGGAAAAAAUAGCAGCUGCGAAAAAAAAAUUAAAGCAGUUUCAAAAAACUGGAAGAGCACGCAGUGUUUCCAGAACUAGAGAGUCAGCAGAGCGGGAUGAACCCAAAGACCAAGAGCCUGUUGAAAAAUUAGUACGAACACUAUCCCCACAACCCCCAAAGACUGAGAAGACACCUAUAACAGAGAGAGCAUCUAGAGAAACAGAUGGUAGAAGAAAUGACAUAGAAAACACUGUAAGGACAACAGCUUCCACAGAAAGCCUGCAGCAAUUGUCGCGACAAAUCAAUGGUCUCCUGUCAGAGUCAUCAGCUUAUGCCAACUGGGAGGAUUCGUCCAACAAUGGGUUACAGGAACUGGAGGAAAGGAACAGAGAUCUAGCAGCGCUGCUGGAAAAACAUGCUCAGGCUAAUGAGCAACUGGGUUUACAGAAUCAGCAACUUCGUGAACAUUCCAAGUCACUUCUAGAACAGCUGGAGGCUGAGAGAAACUCUUUUCAUGAGAAACACAAAAAAGACAUCGGCUCCCUUAAAGAACAGCUACAGGUUCAUAUACAGACCAUAGGUAUUUUAGUGGCGGAGAAAACAGAAUUACAGUCUCAGGUGAACCAGGUACAGCGGAUAGCUGAUCAGAGAAUAGAAGAAAUUGAAGAACUCAGUGGGAGGUUAAAGGCAUCACGUCAACGCGUGUCUGAUUUGGAAAGAAAUUUAUCCACAUCCUCCCAGUCCAGCCACCAGUUAGAAAAGACAGCAGCUGAGAAUGCUAAAGAAGUGGACAGGUUGAAGAUAGAACUGUACAAGUCCAACAAACAGAAUGAAGAACUCAGGCAACAAUCUUCAGAGUUGAAACAACAGCUACAGUCAAAGGUCACAGAGAGCAGUUCCUUAACUCAGAGUGUAGAAGAUUUACAGAAGAGGCUUGAGAUGGCUGAACUCUACGCUCAGCAGCUGUCCAGCCAGAAUGAGAGCUCUCAGGGAAGUAUAGAAAUACUAAACAACCUCCAGAAGGAGAGAGACAGUCUACUAGACCGUUUACGCCAGCACGAAGAGCUGACCCAAAAGCUCCAGCUGGAGAGAGAUCAAGUGACAGAACAGUACCAACAGUAUACAGACCAACUGCGACAUCAGUCCCAGCAGUUGACACAACAGAUCACAGUCCUGACAGAGGAGAGAGAGCAGCUUCUCAACAGACAACAUGACCUGGAGGGGUCUGUUCUAGAGUUACAGAAAAAACUGGAGGAUAUUGGCAGCCUGCCACAAGGGCCCCACCCUCAGCCUGUGCCUCAUGAACUCAUUGAGGAGGUGGAGAAACUCAGGGGCAACAUCAGAGAUGCAACGGAAGCUUUGGAAGCUCAGGUCCGUGACAACAUUCAGCUUAGCAGACUGCUGGAAGAGAAAGAAGAAAAAAUUUCCUCCCUUGAGCGCUCUGUGGAAGAGAUGGGAGAGCAGGCAGGGGACAAGGCCCAGCUGCUAGAGAGCAUACAGAGUGACAAGACGGCCUUGAGCAGGGCGCUGACCCAGAACAAGGAGCUCAAGACACAGCUGGCAGAGUUACAGCAAGGCUUUGUCAAAAUGAGCAAUGACAACAUGGAGCUUGUGACCAAACUCCAAACAGAACAACACUCAAGCAAUGAGCUGUCAUCAAAACUAGCCCAACAAGAGGAUGAACUCACACAACUCAAGGAAAAGCUGUCUGUGAAGGAGAGAGAACUGACGGAGCUGACUGCCUUUACUCAGGCAGCGGAGAAAGAAAAAUACCAGCAGAACCAGAUGACAGACAGACUGAGACACUACGAGGCUCAGGCUCAGUUGGUGGACACGCUACAGAAUGAGCUCACUGCUGCCCAGGACAUGAUGGAAGCUUUAACAACACAGAACAGUGAACUGAGGACCAUGCUGAUCAAGGCCACAGAGGUCAAGCCUGUUUCACAUUCCAAGAUGGAGAAUGGUGAAGAGGUCAUCAGCCAGAGGGAUGAAAUUAUGCAGUCACUACAAGACACAAUAAAACAGCUAGAAAGUGAGAGGACCCAGCUGUAUGAAAGUUUAAAGGAACAGCGGCAACUCUCAGACAGCCUGGCCACCAAAAUAGCUGACCUCAAUGAGGAGGUCAUCAGGAAGAGGUCAGACAACUUGGACAGUGAUAAGAUCAGCAGGGCUGAGUACAACGAGCUGAAGAGCGCCAUGGAGAUGAUCCAACAGAAGUACAUGCAUGUGAUGAAGGACAAGGCGGAGCUGUCUGACAAGGCUGACCAGCUGGAACACCUAGUCCUACAGCUCCAGGGUGAAACAGAUACUAUAGGAGAGUACAUAUCCCUCUACCACCACCAAAGGGCCUUACUCCAGCAGAGAGAGUCACAGAAAAAUGAUUACAUCUCACAGCUGGCCAGAGAUAGGGAGCAGUUACAGGACAAGUUGGGAGAGCUGCAGGCCCUGGUCAUGCAGCUGCUGGGGGAGAGGAAUAUGCUGCACAGCUACAACACUGAGAGCAGGCUCAGCCCCACCCCACAGCAGGCCCCCCCACAGAAACAGGUCAUCACAAAGAUGAGCAAUGGAGCUGUCAACUCAUACGAUCACGAAUGGCCAGAUUACACAAGUUCAGACAGUGACACAGAGAGUGAAGUUGAACCAAUUGUGGGCGGCCAACAGAGACCACCCACCCCAGACUCAGAACACACCCCACGGUCAUCUCCCUCAGCGUCUCCUAGAGUCACUUCACAUCCAGCUCACAGCCUUGACCUGUAUAACGGCCACUCAAGUGAAGAGAUGGACGGCUACACCCAGGAUGUGGAGGAAGAAGAAACUCAUGAGCACAACGGCCACCGCCACAAGCACCAUCACCACCAUCACCAGCACCAUGAUCACCACCACCACCCACACCACGACCAUCACAAGGCAUUCAGGCCGCCCCCACCAGAGGACAAAACGGCCCACAAGAUUCUGACGCUACUCACAGAACUUGGACAUUCCCACUUAGUUGAACAAGUUCCACUCAUAGACAGGAACUUCCUGCCCUGCAAGUUUUGUAAAGGAGCUGUGCAGAUAGUCUAGUAAGAUCUCAGACUUGUGGUUCUACAGACUUUAACAGAAAAGGACAAAAUAUAAGAUUGGAAAACAUUGCAGGGCUGCGUUCCUUUUGUGAAUUUCUUGGUUUACAGACAGUCUUUUGCUUUCAGAGCAUUGAUUUUUAAGCUUUCAUAGGAUGUUCAGUUUAAAGUUUUUCAAUUUCUGCAUUAUAUUUAUUUGAAAUAUUUUAUCAUUGCUGGGGCCCUCAGUUUAGAACCAAUUAAUGCCUAACAUUUUUAAAAUAUGCACCUAAUUUAUUAUAAGAUAUUUUUUUAAGUGUAACAGUUUUUCUGACUACUUGUGUGUCUUUGUGCACUGUUCUGAGCAGGUGUACAGAAACCAAUGCAUCUUGUUUUAAUUUAGCUGAACUUAGACAGGACGCACCAAUAUUUAUUCUAUUUAUGUCAAUAACAAGCCAUGGCUGAGUAUAUAUUGGCAUGGGUUAGGGUUAGCAAUUGAUAGGCUACCCAGCUAGCAGUGUGGCCUACCUUCCUAGUGAAUGGCUACCCAGCUAGCAGUGUCAGGGCUAUCUUCCUAGUGAAUGGCUACCCAACUAGCAAUGAGGGCUACCUUCCUAGUGAAUGGCUACCCAGCUAGCAGUGAGCAACAGCCCUGAACUAAAACACUGAGUUGUGAACAGUUUGACCACUGGUUGGACAAGGCAAAGUUUCCCAUUGUUAACAAAAGUAUUUAUUGACCAAUUGUUGAAUACAAGCUUAACGUACAUGUACACAUUUUUGUUUGUCAUGCAUGUCUGUGAUUUGUUGUACUAAUUCUAAAUAACAGAUUUUUUAAAAAAAUUUCUUGUCAUUUCUUUUGACAAUGGCAUAAUUAGAAAAUUAGCUACAAAAGGUUUGUAAAAAUGUUACUAACAUUAAUGUUGGGACUACAAAAUUACUAACUACAACAACUUCAAAUUUUUAAGAAAGUCAGCUUGGGUUGAAAUACACAAAUUUUUGUUUAUAUAAAAUCAAAAUGUAAAUGCAGCUCCUGUGAUGUGUGACAGUCACAAGCAGUCACUGUGGCUUGGAUUACAGGAAAAAAUUCUUCCAUCUGUAGCACGUUGUAUGAUGGAUGUGCACACAGUUGAGGACAAAAAUUCUUGACUGGAAUAAUUUGCCCUUCUCUGUUGUUGAACACCAAGUAGGGGAAACAAUCAUGAAAUACACCACCAUUAGGGGAGAGUAUCAGGUUGUUACACCCCCUGGGACCAAGCUCCUACAAUCAUAUGCAUCUCAUGUAGACAAAGGUGAAGGGCUACAUAUUUAUAAAGCCUCAUUUUAGCUUUUUAUUAUCAGGACUUUAACAUCAUAUGUUGUACAUGUCUUCUACAUUUUAACUAUUUCUCUUCUACUAAUACAAUAAGUGCAAUUUUAAAUGAAAAAGUUGUCAUAGUUUAACUUCCAUUUUUUUUGUUUUCUUGUUGCGUACUGAGGUCGUGCUAUGUUUUGACAUGGCCUGCAUUAAGUUCUCUUCAAAUGUUGAAGCUGCACGUCUAUGCAAUCUCCCCCUAUGAAAGGCUUCCCUGUAGGUUUACAUCUUGUUGAGUCACAAGGUACAACUUUAACAAACUAAAGAAAGACCUAAUUAGUCUGGAAGCUAAUUGGUUCAAGUAUUCUGCUAUAAAUAACUAUGUAAGUGGUAACCCCAUUGCGUUCUCCUCUAAAUGUUUACAAACAUUUGCUUGUGAUAUCUGUAAAUUCUGAUUUUAAAAAUCAGCCAGAUUAAUUUAAAAGAACAAGACUUGUAAAUAUGUUGUACAAACUUGAAAGACUUACUAGGUGGGCUAUUGUUUAAGUUUGGUUCUUGUGUUUGUCUUAUUGCUGACUUGAGCUUUUUUAAGUGUACGAUAGCAUUAUGUAUCUUCAUGUAAAAAUGUAUGAAAGAAAUUUUUUUAGUUUUCAAAUAAUUAUGUGGUAUUUAAAAUUAUAAUCAAUCAUUUUUGGUUCUUUAUGAUGAAUGUUAAAAAAUAAAAUAUACUUUUGAGGAGACCUCUUUCAAAACCUGCUAGUCAAUGUUUGGAAAAAAAUAAGUUGCCUUUGUAAGGCUUCAAAAUUAAUCUUUUAACAGUUAAAAAUCCAACUUUUUAAAAUCAGUUUGCACAGAAAGCAAUCUGAGGUACUAAGCAGGUUUUUUAAGUGGACCCCUUAGAUUUGAAUGCUGAAUGCUGCUGAAAAAUGUGUUAUACAUUUUUUUUCAAAAAUAUUCUUGAAGAAAAAAGUUUCAUUGUUAAGAAAUUAAUUCCUUAAUCAAGGAAUCUGAUAGUGUAAGAAAUAUAGUGUACUGGUUGUAGUAAUAUAAUGACAUGGUAGAAGCCAAAAGUAAACAUCAGUUUCAGCUAUACUUCUGGCCAAUGUGUUUGUACUUCGUCCUCAACAGAAAAACAAUUCAAACAAUAAGAUUGUUAGGGAGGGGAAAAUGAUUCAUCAAAAAUGGCAGUAGAACAUCACAUGUAAGAGGUAUGAGAGGUCUAACCCCAUGUUCUAUACUGCUGCAACUGUCUACUUUAUUUAAUAUGUUACUUUCUGUUUUAAUUUUUGUUUCUGUUUUAGCAACUCACCCAAAUUUCACUGAAUAGAAUUUAAAUAAAACAUACCAUCAUCAAAUAUUGUUUUAUUUACUAAGUGUGCAAAGAGUGGAACUUUUUAAUGUUCACACAUAAAACACAAUCCAACUUUUUAAAACAACCAAUAAAACAAGCUAAAUAUCAACACCUAUCCCAGCUUGGUUAAAAUGGUAAUUGUUUUAACAAAUAAAUAAUUGGAAAUAAAAA